GGGGUAGGCCUCAGAGGGCGAGAAAGCAGAUGGAAAGCGGAGAGAGAUUCAGAGAAGAGAAAGUUAGGGAAACUUCAGACGCGAGGCGGAGAGGGCGGGGCGCCGGGAUCCCCACGCACUCCGCCCCGGAAAGCUCGGCUUCCUGAGUUUUAUAAAGCGCGGGGUCCCGGGCCCGGCUGCAGCCGCCCGUCGCCGGCCAUGUGCCCCCGUACCGACGCCUCCCCGGACCCCGAGGCCCAGCUACCGCCCGGGCCCCCCGGCAGCGCCUGCCGCCCGCUGCCCUGGGCCCUGAGCGCCGCGCUGCUGCUGCUCGCGGGGACCGGCGCCGCCUGCGCGUUCCGCUGGGCCUCGCCCUCGGCCCCCGCCGCGCCGGGCCCUGGGCUCCCCGAGCUCCCCCAGCUCCCCGAGUUCCUGCCGGACGCCGGCGCCCGCCUCCCCGACUCUCCGCAGGGCGUGUUCGCGCAGCUCGUGGCCCGAGAUGUACAGCUGACCGAAGGGCCCUUGCGCUGGUACAGUGACCCCGGCCUGGCAGGCGUGUUCCUGGGGCCGGGCCUGAGUUACGACCAGCACACUGGGGAGCUGAUGGUGGCCGAACCCGGAGUCUACUAUGUUUUCUUGCACCUAAAGCUGCAGCGGGUAGUAUCCAGCCAAGGCUCCGGCUCUGUCUCUGCCGCCCUGCACCUGCAGCCAAUUAGUGCCCCGGGUGCAGCCCUGGCCCUGACCUUGGACCUGCCUCCUCCAUCCUCAGAGGCCCGUGACUCCGCAGCUGGUUUCCGGGGCAGCCUGCUGCACCUGGACGCGGGCCAGCGCCUGGGUGUGCACCUGCGGGCUGAGGCAGGGACACACCUCGCUUGGCAGCUGGCGCAGGGCGCCACCGUCUUGGGCCUCUUCAGGGUGGCCACCAAAGUCCCCGCUGGACUCCCCUCGUCAUGACCCACUGACAUGGGGCCUGGCUCCCGGCCCCUGGACGGAGUAUGAACGUUGCCUUCUUUCACUGGGACUCCCGGUGACAGAGUGUCCCAACUACUCUACCUCACCUGGCUUGGCAGGGGUCCCCGCUGCUGACCCCCUCCUCAAGGACUCUCCAAGUCGCUUUCCAAGUCGCUCUCCCGUUCCUGCCCCAAGUCGGACUUCUGGUAUUUAUUCUGAGCCUGAGCUCAACAAUGGACUUUAUAUUAAUCCAUUCCAUUUCUAUUUAUUGAGCAUCUGCUGUACACAAGGGCCUGAGCAGGGCUGGCGAAACAUCAGUAAACAAAACAGAUUUUGAAAAAAAAAAUCGUUAUUUAUGUUAAUAUGUGAGAAAUAAAGACUCAUCCCCAGCCCCCGUUUUGGCAACCAGGGGGCUAGUCUUCGGGGGUCUGUGUGACUAUGCUGUGUGAGCUCCACGUGCGAAAGUCGUUCUGAGCACGUCCUGUGUGUCGGGCACUGUUUUAGGUGUUGGGGACACAGCUGUGAACAAGACAGACAGAUAGCCCAGCUUUUGCACAUCUGUCCCCAGGUAUGCCUGCUUGGCCCUAGGACUGAGACAGUGUGUGUCCCUGUGUGACUGCACCACGCGGGAGACUGUGCGAUGGUGUUGGUGCUGGAUAAUGGGACACUUGUAUACUCAGCGACUGCCCAGUAUUGAACCUUUACCGUACGUCAGACAGCCUGAGGGACCUUCUUUGGGCCAUAACGACCCUAUGCUUUCGGGACUUCAUACCUGUUUUGUCAUUCUCUCUGCUGGGGACGUGACCCACUUGUAUCUGCGUGGCAGAAGUCCUGUGUAAUUCCGUUCCGCAGGACCUCCCUUGCCAUCUCUGUUCAGUGACCUCAGGCUGGUAACUUGAAAUUAGCCAUGGGCGUCUGCAAACGCUUCAGGCUGGCUUCACGUGAUUGUGUGCGGAUCACCUGUUGAAGACAGUGAUGGGGAGAGCAUGGAUUAAACAUGUAGAUUAAACUCGGAA